AUGGACGUCCCUUCAUACAAUCCCACGUUUACACAUGAUGUGCAAAUGGAAGUGUCGGCGAAUAGAAGACACGUUUUUGUGUCUCAGAGCCAAGUUCUCAAACGAGGCAUGACACAACUCAGCUUCCCUGUGCCUCUCAGUGUGUUGCGAAAUCACAUGAAUGAAGUUCCCGUCGUAUGUGAGGUCAGUGACCCUAUUGCUUGCUGUGUGACCUUGAACUUGCGGGUGAGUGGUGCCCCUAGCAACCUUGCGGUGGGUACCAAUUGUCACUAUGAAAUGUGUGGCUCACACUGGGAUCCCAGGACACAAAGCGCCACAGUAGAGAUCCCUGUCAUUGCCAGCCGGGACGACAUAGAUGAUGGCCAACAGGUGGUCUGGAUCAACUUCUGGAAACUUGACCCGGCCGGCGAGGGCCCUUAUCACCAAGUGUGGAAGGACGUACCGAUACCGCGCGUGCAGGUCAUUGUGAAAGAUGCGGUCCCGGGUGUGUGCACUGUCAGUGGCGAUCCACACGUGCGAGCUUUCGAGAGACCAGACAAGUACACGUUCUUCGACGUGGGAGACUAUGUUUUGUACCAGAACCCGAACGAGCAGGUCGAGGUACAUGGCAGAACGUUUCCGUGCGGACGCAAUGGUCAAAUCUCCUGCCUGUGUGGAGUGGUGGUGAGAGACGGCGAUGACAUGGUGGAGGCAAGCAUGUGUGAGUCUCGGGAGGGACAUGACGUAAGCAAAAGACUCCAACUACGCCACCCGAAUGAUCACCAUCAGCAUUCUCCUACUCGCCAACGAUCAUCUGGCUUGAGACUCCAAGUGCCAGUGGAAGGUCUCCUGGAAGGGACCAAGGUCUAUCAGAGCCCUCGUGGGGACAGAGUAUUGAUCAAGCUUCCGUCAGGGGCCAGCGUCAGUCUGUACAAACCAAAGCUGUCCCUCAGUAUGAAGCUCACUGUCCCUCCCAGCCACAAAGGCAGGGGGAACAACCGUGGUCUCUGCGGAACCUUUGAUGGGAACUCUACCAACGACCUCAUGGGCAGUGAUGACGUAAUAGAUACGUGCAAAGGAAGUCGUUGUCGGCCACACGCUUUCGUCGACUCCUGGAAACUACAAGGAAACGAGACACUCUUUAAUAAUCGACCCAAAACCUCAGCCAAUGCGUUACCCCUCUCUCAAGGAGGGCAACAAGCACCCCCGAACAGACAACAAACAAAAGAAAGAGUGUACUGCGGCUGUUACGAAGGGACCUCUGCUCAGCUGUCCGGUGCACUCUCCAACCUGACAACUGCUGUGCCGGCCAUACAAUGCUCGGGCGACGCCGACAAGCCGGUUGAGAAAACAGACUGUGCUGAAACCAAACUAGGUGAAGUGCUUCUUGGAAAGAAGAUCAAUUAUUUCCCCAUCACCAUUACUGCUUCAAAAGUCAAUCUUCCUUUUCAUGCUAUUGAAGUUCAUUGUUCUGUUUAG